AUGUCUGGAAUCAGAUGCUGCUUUCACACACAAGCCGUAAGGCAAACGCUUUCAGUAAAGGCAUUCAAAAAGAUUGAUUCACAGGUCUCUCUCCCUUUCGCCCUGGCCCUUGCAUGCAAAGAAACCAAAUAACAAGAGGGCAAGGACAAGAAGAAGAAGAGGCAGAAGAAUAUAGUGGUGGAGGAGGUGGUUAUAGCGGUGGGUUCAUGGCAAAGUGCAGCGCAGAGGAUGAGACAGCGGCAGAGGAGGCGGUGGUGGAGGUGGAGGCGGCUCAUCCCUACGCAUUCCAUGUGUCUGGACCUCGCAACGUGUCUUCACCCAACUGGAGAGACCUCAUCAAUUCUAGUUGGAAAGACGGGAACUACAAAAGGACAGUAAUUGCCUGCUUCAUACAAGCAGUCUACUUGCUUGAACUCGACAGACAAGAGAACAGAACAGAAGAGAAUGCUCUUGCUCCCAAGUGGUGGAUUCCCUUCAAGUACAAGUUGGCACAGACCUUGGUUGAUGAAAGAGAUGGAUCCAUAUUUGGUGCAAUUCUAGAAUGGGACCGAGCUGCAGCCUUGUCUGACUUAAUCCUCAUCAGACCCAGUGGCGCGCCUAGGGCUAUUCUAGCACUAAGAGGGACAUUACUCAAGAGCCCAACAAUUAGAAGAGACAUUGAGGAUGAUCUCCGCUUUCUGGCUUGGGAAAGCUUAAAGGGUUCUGUCAGAUUCAAAGGAGCUUUUGAAGCAUUAAAAUCAGUUGCAGACAGGUAUGGAAGCAGCAAUGUGUGUGUUGCAGGCCAUUCCUUAGGAGCUGGGUUUGCCCUCCAAGUAGGGAAAACGCUAGCCAAAGAAGGAAUAUUUGUGGACACCCAUUUGUUCAACCCUCCCUCUGUUUCCCUAGCAAUGAGUCUGAGAAACAUGGGAGAAAAAGCUGGGUUUGCUUGGAAGAGAUUCAAAUCAAUGCUCCCUUCAAGCAGUGAAACUCAGGUCAGCAAUGAAGACUGGGGGCAAACUCCCAGUGUAGGAGGAAAGAAGUGGGUGCCUCAUCUAUACGUGAACAACAGUGACUACAUCUGUUGCCAUUACACCGACCCAACAGGAGCAGAAGACAACAAUGGAGAAAAGGAGAACGUCUGUCCAACAAACGGGCCCAUGGCAGCGAAGCUGUUUGUGAUGUCCAAGGGAAAACAGAAGUUCAUGGAGGCUCAUGGGCUACAACAAUGGUGGUCUGAAGACUUGGAACUCCAACUAGCUCUGCACAACAGCAAGCUUAUUAACAGGCAGCUCAAAUCUUUGUAUACCCUACCAGCACCAGCAGCUCCACAACAAGCACAAGCAAAGCCUUGAUAAACACAAGAAGGUCUGGUCUGGCUGUGCAUUGCUUCUUGAUUCCUAAAAAUAGCUCAUUUUGAAUCUCCAGGGUUCAUGGAUGGAUUUGGUUCAUUUUGAUUGGUUGUGUUGGGGUGGGUUGUUUGUAACAAUUCAUCAUAAUCCAUUUGGAUACAAUAAAAUGAUUCUGUUUUUUUUUUAACAAA